AUGUCGUUCGCGCACGAGCGACGGAGCCGGCGCAUGGUCGAGCUGGAGGCGGCCGAGCUGCACGCCGCGCGCGAGCGCUCCGAGCGCUUUGAGCGUCGCGCGGCGGCGUCCGCCUCCCCGCGUCGCGUGCGCCGCCGCGGCCGCUUCUGGAACCGAACCUACGCGCCGAUCGAGGUUGAAUCGUUACCGCCGGAGCUCGAGGCCGCGAGCCUGCUCAGGGGCGCGUACGAUACCACGCCGCGCGUUCCGCCCGGUCUGGGCGGCGAGCGGUGGGAGACGUGGAGGCACGUGCCCACCGUCGUCUCCCCUCACGACGACGACCACGACCACGACGACGACGACGCGGCCGUCCCGGCUUCGGCCCCGCCCGGGCUCAACCCGCACGCAGCCCCAAUGGCCUCCGUCGUCGGCAAGGUGACCGCGAAGUGCUACGAGGUGGACACGCGCGACCCCAAGCGCGUCGCGCAGAUUCUUAGGGAGAACAGGGAGCGCAUCGCGAACGAGAGCGGGAAGGACGGGACCGCCUCGGACGCGGCCACGGACACUGAGGCGGACUCGUCCGAAUCCGAGGUUGAGCUCGAGCCCUCGAGAACGAUCAAGUCGCGGGUCUUCCACGACAAGACCACGCGGGUGCCAACCCAACCCGAGGGUAGCAUGCGCGUGGUGGCGACCGUGCGGGACACCCGCGGCGUCGAGAUGCUCCCGCCGCCCCCGCCCGACGCCCACUUCGACGCCAUCGCCAAGUUCAGGCGCGCCAGGCACGACAAGGAGGCGGAACGAAGGAGAAGGGCGAGGGAACGGUCGAGGGAACGAGCAGAGGCGGCGGCGAGGCGACGCGAGGAAAAGAGGCUGGCGGAGGAGGAAAAGAGGGCCGCAAGGUCCGCCGCGAAGGACGCCAAGGCUGCAGCCAAAAACGCCGCGAAGGAAAGGACGCGAGCCGCGAAGGCUUCUUCGGAUUCCGAGUCGGAGCGCUCGUCGAACCCAGAGCCGGCAAAAACUCCGAGGCAAAAACUUCCCAGGAUGCCCCGGGGCUUUCGCCGCCGAGACGACGCCUCUGCCGGCGCCCGCGGCGCGUGGGCCUCCGCGUGCGUCAGGUCCCUCCGCCACGGCGCCGUCCACCUUCGAUCGGGCGCGGUGCAAACCCUCAAACACGGUUCAAACGCGGUUCAAACACUCCCCCGCGCCGCUGUUCACUCCGCCGCCGUCGUCGGAAAAUCUCUCCACGACGCGGGCCACGCGAUGGACGCCGCGGUGGGAUCCGUCGCGAAAAACGUCGUGAACGCGUCCGUCAACACCUGGCGGGGCGUCCGGGACUCUGACCUCGCCAAGAGCGCCGUCGUCGCGACGCGUAGGUUCCUCGCGCGAAGGCCCUGGGAGCCGCACUUGGAGCGAUGCAGCUGGAACGUGGCGACGCCUCCGGCGGUGAGCGUAAGGGUGGGCCCGGCUCGCGGGCCCGGUUGGUUCAGGGUUCUCAAAGUAGGUCCUCGAUCCUUCCCGGACCUCACCCCGCCGAUCGCGCCCGCGGCGGUCGACGCGCACGAGACGAGGCACGCGUCGUCCAGCGGUGAGAGGGAGCGAUCGAUGGCGAUACUCGUCAAGGCUGCGGGGGUGCCGGUGGCGGCGAAAACCCCCGCGGAUGCGCUCCGGAUGCUCGGGAUGGAAGUUCGCAACGCGGGAAACGCGGUGCGGAACUCGUCGCUGCGCACGCUCGAGUUCACGCUGGACUCCGCGGCCAAGACGGUCGGCGCCGCGUCGAGGACCGUGGGAGGCGCCGCGGAAGGGGUCGGCCGGACUCUGUUCAGCGCCGCCGAGCGACUCGCUCAGAGAACCGAAUUUUACGAGGAGCUGGAUAUCGACAUGGACGACCCGGACGCGCCCUGGCCCAACGGAUGCUACGAGGAUCUGGAGGGUUACACGCACAAGGCUGAGGCGUGGGCGGUGACGCCGCACUGGAGCAAGGGUAUGCGCGUGCCCCCGGAGGAAUCCGAGGAUGACGAGGAGGAGGAUAAGUUCAUUCGGUCGCUCGAGCCGAAGGAGGCGAGGUACAGGGACGCCGAGGACAUCGCGGCGAUGAUGCUCGACGCCGGCGACGAUUACGAUUCGUACGGAAACGACGAUUCGUAUUCCUAUCGCUCCUCGCGCCGACAUUCGCCGCGGCAGCAGCCAAAGCCCCCCAGGCCUUCGUUCAACGCUCCGCUGUCGCCGCUCCCGCCGCAGCCCACCGAGGCUGAGGACGACGAGUACCGACACCUCUCGCCGCUCUUUGUUCCGCCGGAGGAACCGAGGGGCGCGGAGGAAGGCGCGGUGCCGCUUCGAAGCCUCAGGCUGGACGAUUACGAGGAGUCACUCGCGACGCGCGUCAGGAUGCUCCAGAAGUCUUUCCCGGAGGUGGCCCAGGAGAUUGCAGACGCGGUGUACGACUACGCGGGUAGAAUCGGCGAAUCCGGCGCGCCCGGGGAGCGGGUCGCGGCUUCCGGAAUGUCCACAAAACCCGUGGACGUCGCCGCCGCCACCCGCGUGGUUCAGGAGCUCGAGGCUGCGUCCAUGUCCGUCCUGAUGCACGGCAAAAUUCCGACGGGGGAGACGCUGCGGGCGUGGCUGGACGACGUCGUCGAGGGCCGGGGGAUGGGUCGCGAGGCGUGGCGCGAGGAUAACACCGAUUUUUUCCGGGGAGGGAGCCACUCCGGAUCCGACUCUAAAGGCUUCUCGUCGUUGGACAACCAGGAGACGCAGUACUCCCUCUCACCCACGAUGGAGGUGCGUGAAGUGCGUGAAGUGCGCACCAAUGGGCGAACCGACGGCGCCGACGUUGGCGACGCGUUCACGCCGGGAUCCAAAAAAUUCGUGAGCGACAUCGCCGGCGCGUUUGAGGGAUGGGCCGGUCGUGAACCCCGAUCGUACCCUGAGCGGUACGACGGGCUCCUUGCGCGUACGUUCGACGGGCGGGACCCUCGUGAAGAGGCGGCGCGGGUCAUGGAGAACGAGGCGCGGUCCAGGCGGUUCAUCCGCGCGUGGCACGCCGCUUGCCAUGAAGGUCCCAUCGCGAAUGCGGUGCGGGGGAUUGAACACGAGAGGUUUGAGAAAUCGCCGGCGACGGCUGUGAAGGGCGCCUUCGCCGCCGCGGAGGGAGCCAUCGAGCGCGUGGAGAACGUCUCCAAGUUUUUCGCGGACACCGACGACUCGUCCAUGGACAUAUCCCGCGAUGAGGUCGCGGCGGCGGGUGUCCAGUCCCCGAAGGACGUCAAGUCUCCGCCUCGCGCGACGAGGAAACCUUGGGACUUUUCCGACUCUUCGCAGAGCGACAUCGAGGUCGACCCCGCGACGCCAGCACCCGCGCCCAAACCCGCCGUCGAGGGUACCGCGGCGGCCGUCGAGGGCGGCAGCGGGAGGAAGCCCGGCGCGCGCGUCAUCGGCGGGCUCCUCUCGCCGUUUCGCACUAUUAAGAACGGGCUCAAGAUGCUAUCACAGCAGAACAGCCCGGAGAUGGCGCUGAAACCCACCACGAUCGCGCCCGUCUCUGAGACGACCUCCUUGCCGGUCUCGUCCGCGGUGUCUGAGUCCCCGCCGGCGUCGCCCUCGGUGGAGAACGCCUCGGAGGAGUCGGUCAACGCCGCCUCCGCCUCGGUGUCGGUGUCAGAGUCAGCUUCUCGGUCCCCCUCGGGGUCGCUCACGGGCUCUCCCUCGUUCGUCGCGGCGGUGGAAGCGUCCGAGGAGAAGAUCGUCGCGUCCGCGCGCGACGCCGUCACCUCCCGUUUCGCCGGGAAGGACCUCGAAGACGCGCUCGUGGCUGACGACGACGACGAUUCAGAUUCCGAAAAGUCGCCGUCGCCCGCGAUGCAGAGCGCCAGGAGCAAGGGAGCGCAACCGACGAUGAGCACGGGGGGUUCCUCCAUGGUCACCGCCCGAACCGGUGGGUCCGUCGCCUUCUCAGGCGGGCCGGGGUUCUCGAACGGCGGGUGGUCGGCGACGAAGACGAUAUACUUUGACGACGAGUCGCCGGGCGGAACCGCGUCGGUGAGCAAGCCGACGAAAACCGCCCCGAAGACGGUGAUCAAACCGUCGUCCGUCGCCGUCAGCACGAAGAAGAUCUACGAGGACGAGUCCGACGAGGACGACUUCGAAGACAGGUUCAGCAGGUUCCCGCGCGCCAUCGGCGAUAAGACCAUGGACGAGAUGCUCGACGCGCUCGACAAGGAUCUCGAGUCGUCGAUGGAGGAAUCCCCCGGGCCGGUUCGGUUCAACCCGUUCAACCGGUUCAAGGGUUUCGCCAACACGAAGACCGCAUCCGUGGUCGACGCGUCCGCGGACAAGGAAAACGAGGAAAACUCGGGCGGCAACUCCAGCGGGAACACCACCGACUCCGACACCAAGGAGUGGCGGAGGGCGGUGGAUCGCGCCAAGAACGUUCAACCCGUUCAACCCGUUCAACAAAGAGUCGCGGCUUUCGGAAAGGUUUCCUCGCCGCUGAAGCCGUCGCGGGUGCGAUCGCCGGCGAGGGAGCUCGCGGGGUACGGCUCGGCGCGGGCCGCGUUCGAGAGGGAGGCUUCGCGACUCGACGCCUCCAUGGACCGCGGAUCAAGGCGGAGGAGGUGA